AAUAAUUAUUUAUUGGUAUGGUUCUCACCGUCAUUUAACAUAAAAUUACGCCAACAUGUAAAACCAUUAAUUAAACUUGUGUCUUUUUAUAGAAUUAGUUAUCAAACAUAAUAUUUUUAUUUCCAGGUAAUUAUGAAAAUCUUCAUUGCUUUUGCUGCCAUUUUGGCUUUGACAGUUGCUGGGCCCGUGCCUCUAGUGCAAGUUAUUGUUAACGUGAAUACACCAGAUGUUGUGGAUUCCGGUGUAGCCGAAGAGCCAAUCCUCGUCGAUUCUGAGCCUGAGAUUGUCGAACUCCCAGAGCCUGUGUUACCUGAAGUCUUGCCUGCACCCAUAGAAUUGCCUGAAGCUGUUUUCCCUGAGAUUAUUCCCGGACCCGUGGAGCUACCCAAACCUGUUUUACCCGAGGUAGUUCCUGGACCCGUUGAGUUGCCCGAAGCUGUUUUGCCAGAGAUUAUUCCUGGACCCGUUGAGUUGCCCGAAGCUGUUCUGCCCGAGAUUAUUCCUGGACCCGUUGAGUUGCCCGAAGCUGUUCUGCCCGAGAUUAUUCCUGGACCCGUUGAGUUGCCCGAAGCAGUUUUGCCCGAGAUUAUUCCUGGACCAGUUGAAUUGCCGGAAGCUGUUUUGCCCGAGGUUAUUCCUGGACCCGUUGAGUUGCCUGAAGCUGUUCUGCCCGAGAUUAUUCCUGGACCCGUCGAGUUGCCCGAAGCUGUUUUGCCCGAGAUUAUUCCUGGACCCGUUGAGUUGCCCGAAGCUGUUCUGCCCGAGAUUAUUCCUGGACCCGUUGAAUUGCCAGAAGUUGUUUUGCCUGAGAUUAUUCCUGGACCUGUCGAAUUACCCGAAGCUGUUCUGCCUGAAAUUAUUCCUGGACCCAUUGAGUUGCCUGAAGCUGUUUUGCCCGAAAUUAUUGAAGAACCAGUAGUGGUGCCUGAACUUGCCUUAAAUUAAAAAUAUAUUAGUGGAUAGAAAUGAAAUUGCAACACAAAACAAUACAAUAGUUUUUUUUAAAAUUAUACAA